UGGUAGGUUCGGGUCCCAGCCCCGUUGCUUCGUCGGGUACAUGGGAGUGGUACCGGACUCCCAGAUGGCAGCCAAAGCAACAUCGGCCUUUAACAGUUCAAAGGAAACAGCAAAUGCCCACCGCUUUACCCCCCUACAAUUCAGAAAUCACCUCUUUAUUUUUUGUCAGGAGGGAUGGCCACACCCCACAGCAGGUCAGGAGGAAUGGUGCUGGAUUGCCAGAUGGCAGCUAGGACACCAUGCAAGCCCAGCACCAUAGGUUCACCACCAGCCUUUAGUAGUUCAGUAAGAAUACCACAUACACCUGCUGCUUUGCUUCCCUUCAGCAUAGAGAUCACCUCCCAAACCUCAGUCAGAUUAGGAGGUUCAUCGUUGAUGAGUGGAUCCAAUACAGGGAUUGUGACACCAGUUGCAUCCAAACUAACUGCUGGAGAGUCAAAGGUCUCCAGCAUCUCCAGGGAGACGAAGUUCUGCCUGAUCUCGGGCAUUUGCCAAUGGACACCUGAGCUGUUUCAAGUGUUUUAACCUUGAAAGAAUCCCAUAGAGCUGUAGGGUCCAUCAGGUUUUCUAGUACUGCAAAUGUAUCAGCAAAAUCUGCUGCGAAACUCAAUGUGUCCAGAUAAAACAUCCUAGUGUGGACACUGGAGGGAUGGAAGGUUUGAAGUGGACCCAAAGAGUUGCAACAACCAGUCUAUAGUCGAUACCACAGAACUCAGCACUCUGGUAAACCAUGCAGUUCUAGAGGAUCCUUCAGCUAGUGCUAACAAGUCGAUGUGGUCAAUCUCCUUGGCCACUGUACCCACAUCACUAUACCAUGUCCAGCGAUGCAUGUUAGAGCACUGAUACCAUGAGUCAGAAAUCCUCAAUCUCUGGGACCUAGCAAAGUCCAGGAAAAGGAGGCUAUUCUCACUGCUGGAAUUACUUUGAAGUGAUUCUUUUUACUCCGGAUAAAAUCUAAAAAUCACUAAUGAUAUAUAUAUUAUCUUCUGUGAAGUGAAUAGUCACACAUUCCUGAUGACACCUCCUGUAUGUUUGGAGAAUAAUAAACUAUUUUUUCCAUAAUUAAAAGACUUUUCCACAGUAUUCAUUUCAAAAUAUGCAA